AUACAAAGAGAAACAUCUUUAAUAAAAAAUGUUUUGAAAUUAAAUAAUUGAAAGAUAUUAGACAUAACAUUGGUCAAAAUUCUUCUCAAAACCUAAAAUAUAAAACAUUUAAAGCUAAGUAAAAUAGAUCAUACACAUAAAUCAAAUAUAUAUACAAAACUUAAAAAUACAGAAAUAAUCUCGCGCUUUAAAAGUGCGGAUAAAGAUCUAGUCAAUUAUUAUAACUGAUGUUAAACUUACAUUAUUUGUAUCAUUUAUUAAUAAGUAAUUUAAACUAAUAUCAUUUAUUAUUUUGAUACCAUUUUUGUGAUGUAAUAUGAUCUUUUUUUUUCUUGUAGUGACGGUCAGCAAAUCAAGCUGCUUCACAAAUAAAGAUGCAUGCAUAUUUUCACUCUGUUCAUCCAAAAUUCUAUUUAUAAUCACUUCCUAUUGAAUCGGUCAUUUGAAUAAGUCAUACUCUAUUUUGAAGAUUAAUCCUUUAUACAUUCCCUUGUCUACAUAGGAUUUAAUUCCCACCUUAAAUAUUCCCAAUUAUUGCUCAUUCCAGUUUGCUAUUUAAAGACCUAAAAAUACAACAUUUUCCAAAACUAAAUUAUUUCAAAUUUCUCAGUAGAUAUUCUAUUCAAGGCUAAUUAUAACGAGUGCGACUAAUUAAUCUCAAAAAUGAAGUUAAUUUCCUUGAUGUGUAUUGCCUUUAUCAUAAUUUUGACAUCAUUCCCGGCUACGAUCAAGAGUCAAAAUUGCAAUGAGACUGUUGUAUCCUGCUCGCGCAGAACUCCUCACAAAUAAUAACCAGUGGAGGGCUAAAUGUUGUCGACCUUGGAGAGUGCCUGUACAUGCAAAAGCAAAACGAUGUGCAUGUUAUUUAUUGACGGGUUGGUAUACAGCUAUGCAUCUUAACAUUGUUUUAAGAUCUUGUAAUCUAGUUGAUUCCAGACAAUUCAAGUGUGCGACAUAAAAUAGUCAACCAACCAAAGAACCAAAGAUCGUCAAACAAAUUGGAGAUAUAGUACUUAAAUUGGGUAAUUUCCUAUUUUUGAAAAAAAAUAUUUUGAUUAAGUUAUAAUUACAAAUAAAGAUUAAAUUAAAUAAAUAAAUAAUUAAAUCAAUUUUUUAAUUGAUAUCAAUAUUAAUAUCAUUUUAAAAACCGAUGUAACUGUUAAUAUCACUUUACAAUUGAUAUACAUUGGCAUCAUUUACAAUUAUUGAUGUAAAUAUUUAGAAUUUUAACAUCAUUUAUUAAUAAAAUGAUACAAUUUAUUUGCAUCACUACUUUCAGAAUCGUUUAUUUAAGUGAUACAAAAAAAAUUACGGCAUUUAUAACUAAUGCAAAAAUACAAAAUAAAUGAUGUUAAACAACUCUUUUUUUGUAGGGUAUUGUUCAAUAAAGGAAGAUAAUUGGUGUUGUUUAUGUUCAUGUUCGUGUGAAUUACGAUUCCAUGUAUUUUUGUUUCUUUUUAUAUUCUUAUAUUUUUAAGUAAAAUAUAACCAGAAAAGGUAGUCCUACUCUAAACUACCAUUGGCGGUUUCUGCAUUUUACUUUCCGAGGCUGAACCUAUAUGUAUCCCGUCUAAACUGAACCGCAGAGCCAAAAACUGCAUCUAUAUGUUGACUGAGCACGAGUUUGCCAUUGUCAGUAUCAAUAGUAACCACAAGUAUUGUAGUGAACCUUUCGCUUGCUCCUUACCUUACUAUAUUUCAAAAAACUAAAAUAGCUAGUGUGUCUCACUCUCAAAAUCUAUUUAUGCUAUUAAAGCUUAUUGCUGUGUUUUAUUUUAAAAGCAUCUUUUUCUUCUUCUUUUUUUUUGUCGGGUUGGAUUUGAGUUUCUGUUCUAUAACAUAAGAAUGUAAACCCAGAUUUGUCAACACGUCAACACAUGACUUCCUUUAGCCAUCUCUGAUAAUCCCAAACGCUUUGAUAGCUAAUAGAUAGCUAAUAGAUAAUAACUUUCUUAACUUUUGUACUUUUAACUAAAAUUACAUAUAUAAUAAAACAGAUAGAGUAUAAUUUUUAAGUGUAACAAAUGAUAUUUUCUAGUUUAUUUUGUAACUGGUUGAUAAUUUUUAAUUUAUAUUUUAAAAUACUUUUUUGGGUAAAAAGUAAGUUUUUUAAUUGUUCUACACUAAUCUAAAAUUUCAUGUAUUUUUGGAACAGAGACUUUUUAUGAUUCUUCAACUAAUAGUGGCAUUCCACACAUUUAUUUUUUUAGUUUGUGAUUUAAACAUUCGUACAAUAAAUCAAUUGGUUGACGAAAACAAAGAUACAUAUACAGUAUACACAAAACAAAAACAAACCAAUCAACAUCUAACAACGGCGCGGGAAGAUGGCGUCUAAUCCAGAUACUGUCAGAUAAUACAGAAAUACGCAUGUAUGAUAUUUAAAGCUAAUCAUGAUUUGUCAAACAAAAUGUCAUUUUCAUUUGAUUUUUAAUUUUAACAUAGCAAGGAUAUGCUUUCUCUCUAUUUUUCUGAUAUAUCAACAAAAAAACUCAUUUAACAAUCUAUAUUUUCUAAUUGAUAUAUUUUUUAAAAAAAACAGCCUAUAUUAUAUUUCUAAAACAGGAAACGUACAACUCCGAGAGUCCCAAAAAGAGAUAUUUUAUGUGGUCAAAUGUUCUUACAACUAUUUUUAUGGUCAACUAUAAUUUACAGCUAAUCAGAAAACAUGAUAAAUGGUAAAUAAAAAGACAACUGUAUAGUUAUUGUGACAACACCAACAGAGAAAGCACCAACCUGAAGAUAACAAAUAAAUAACUUGUUGCACUUUCUUUGCUAUACAUAAAUACAACAAUCUCUCUCUUCAUUUUCCAUCUCUCCUUCCAUUUCGGACUAACCUCUAACCGAACAUUUUCCCGAGAAAAGCAUUAUUUUUCCCCUCCGGGAAAAUCUAUCGUUCAGAAGUCAAAAACGAUUGGUUCCAAAACUUCUCGCGCCUAAAUUAUCGGUUUGGUUCCUGUGUCUUUUUUUUUACAAGUCUUUCGACUUUCUCCUUUUUUUUUCUUUGGGCUUUAUUCUCGUAUCAGCCUCCACGACCUUCGCCGUUCGCCAUCACCGGAGAGAUUCCGUGGUGUUGCGUUUGGCCUGAGCUUUGUAACCAAACCGAAGUAUAUAUGAACAUGACGUCACGUUACGAUCCGAAACACAUGUCGAGGCAGACGAAACCGUCAGACACUCCCUCGUCUUCUCCCUCUCGUAGUCACCGGAGACACCCUCUCCUCCAAAGAAGCCUCUCCUCCCCGUCUCCGAACGCCACUUGCGGCGGAUCAACACCCGCCGAGUUCUGCGGCGGCACGACGGCGAGUUGCGCCGCCGUGUGGUGCUGCUGUCCUUGCGGAAUAGUCAACCUCGUCGUCCUCGCGGUCUACAAAGUCCCGCGCGGGAUCUGCCGCCGCGCUAUCCGCAGUCACCGCCGUAAACAGCUCGUCAAGAACGGUAUCCUCCCGCCGCUUCCGUCAGGCGAGAGGGUGCAGAGAGUGUUCCAGAACUCGGAGUUCGCGAUCUUUCCGUUGGAUAGUAAUGAUGUCUCGGAGGAGGAGGAUGACGGUUUCUUUGAUCCCAAGUACUUCGGGAAGGGCGCAGCGGUUGCGGCUGAGCUGACGACGGACGAGGAGACCGAUGAAGAGGACGAGGCGGUGUUGGCGUUGGAGAAAGAGAUGUGGAACAGGUUUUACGGUGCUGGAUUCUGGAGGAGUCCGUCGCAGAGAGAGUCGGUGUCUUCUCCGAGAGUUUCGAAGUCUCUUUCGGCGUCGCCGAGGCCGUCGUUUACUGAAGUGUUUCGGAACACAGCGAUUAGAGGAGGAGCUACGGUGACACCGAGAGCCGUUUGGCAAUGACAUCUUGUAAAUAUUAUUUUCUUCUUCUUGAUUGUGUUUGUGUGUGGUAUGUGUGUGCAAAGCAAAGUGUGAGUCCUGAGUCUUGCCAUAAAUGAUUGAUUGAUUGAUAUUUUGGUGGUGAGAUUGAUUUCAAAUGUUAUGGGAUUUUGUGAUUAUUAGAGAGAAAUUUUCAGUAUUCUAAAAUUGAAUGGAAUUUGAUGAUGUGUUUUGUCGAUUAA